CUCAUUAAUCACAACGUAAUCGUAGGCUUGGCAACGGUAACUAUGUACGUAACAUCAAUACGCCAGCAAAUUGAUUUAAAGAUUCCUACAUUUACGAACCAUGAGUCGUUGUUUUACAAAUCCCGCGCUUAAAGAUCACAAAGCAAUGGAGCUGAAUGAAGAAUGGACGAACUUCAUGAAAAGAAUAGGAGAAGUGUCAGGUCUGGUAAAAGAUCUCGCCAGUGGUGAUAAGGACAAAGCAGACGCUGCCAAGAUGCUGGCUGAUCGCUAUCUAGAAGGCAAAGAUAUCAAUGUCGACGAUGUGAAAAUGACAGUCAAACAUGAUCGAACUGUGAUAAACCAGAAGGCUUUUAAAUCGCUCGAGAAAAAUGACACGGGUGAACUCGACAAGGAUGCAUGGAUGGCCGAAGUAAGCAAAGAUGCAGAACGGCGGGCGUUGGACCGGAAAAUUCGUCAUGAAAAAGCUGACACAUUAAAAACACAAGCAAUCAAAGCCUUCCGUCGGCAAGAAUACGAUAAGGCUCUAUCCUGCUACAACAAAGCUAUAGAACAGGUCAAAGACAAUCCCAUGUUUUACUGCGACAGAGCAUUGACGAACAUCAAACUUGGAAACUAUCAGAAGGUAUUUAGUGACUGUGAAUGGGCACUGCGACUCAAUGAAAAGAGCUUCAAAGCUCGCUUGUACAAGGCAAAAGCGUACAAGGAGUUAGAAGAAUUUGACAAACUGGAAGAAUGUAAAAAAGAACUGUACGAUUUAUUCCCGCAACACGACGACCUCAUUAAAUAUUUUCUGAAUAAAGAGGAGGGAGUGGUUGAAGAUGAUGGAUCACAGGAUAUAUAAUUCUGUGUUAACUUUAAAUUACUAUUUUAAA